CAACAAGCACCAAGCAAAAAGUGCUGACGUCAGCGAAUUUUGUGUGGUUUGUUGUGUCUUCUUGAGCUUGCCUUCCCUUUCCUCCUCCUUCUGCCACUUGUUGUCCACCUCCAUAUCCGUACACACACACACGCACACACACACACACACACGCACACGCACACACGCACGCACGCACGCACGCACUUGCCCAUCAUCCAGCAGGAUGGAACCCGACGGCUCGGGGGAUGUGCCGGAGCGGUUCAUCUGCCCAAUAUCGGGCAAAGUCAUUCAGACGCCGGCCGUUGUUCCGGGAGACACGCAAGUGUACGACUUCCAGGCGUUGUUGGAGGCACUGGCGGAGGAGGGGUGUACCCCAAAUGGCGUGGACGCUGAACUCUCAGACAUCCGCAUCGAUGACGAUCUGGCCGACCAGAUUUCCCGUUGGACGUUGGGCCAGUCCCAACCAGCAUCGCAACCUAGCGCCACACCUGACACCUCUGGCUCCGCCACUCACACGCAUCAACAGCAAGAACCACAACAACCACCACCACAACACCAACAACCACAACAACCACAACAACACCAACAACAAUCACAACAACAACCACAACAACCACAACAACCACAACAACCACAACCACAACAACAACCACAGCAACAGCCGCAGCAACCACCACAACAACCGAAGGAAAAGCAGCUCCCACACCACUUACCCAAGAAGUUCCCGCAGCCAACGCCAAAGAACCCGCCCAUCCCCCUGCGCACCAAGCCGCUGGAGCCGGACGAGCCCGGAACGGAGGUGGCCAAGGUGGAGGUGAGCCCGCCAAAGGACGGCCAGUGCAUCCUCAGCAUCAUGCCGCGUCUGGACAAGAUAAAGACCCCCGUGCACAUCUGCCUGGUGAUUGACGUGUCCGGGUCCAUGGACCGCCACGCCACCCAGCGCAACAAGUACAACCAGCUGGAGAAGUUUGAGCAGACAUACCUGGACAUUGUCAAGCACGCCGCGCGCAGCAUCGCCAACUUCCUGCAAAACGAGGACAACUACCUCUCCGUUGUCGCCUUCUCUGAGAACGCGUCUGUGACCCUGCCCAUGGAGCGGAUGACAGAGGCGGGCGUGAGCCGCGCCACAGAUGCCGUGGGCGCCCUCCAGCCGUGCAGCUGCACCAACCUCGGCGACGGCGUGCUGCGUGGCAUGCAGCUUCUCCUCAAGGGCACAGACACCACCAAGGCCCAGCCCGUGCUCAUGGUGCUCACGGACGGCGAGCCGAACGAGGGCAACGACGCACGUGACGUGCUGCGCAGCUUCAGAAACACAUACAAGCACGCCCGCCGCUUCAUCGUCAACACGUUUGGCUUUGGCUUUGAGCAGAUUGACAGCCCGUUACUGUCGGAGCUGGCAGCGCUCGGCGGCGGCACAUAUGCGUUCGUCCCGGAUUCAUCGUUCGUUGGCACGGCGUUUAUCAACGCCACCGUGGCCGCACAGCUGGUGCUGGGGACGGACCUCACCAUCAACAUGCCGCAGGGGUGCACGCUGGCCAUGAACACCAACAGGGACCGCUCCACCGAAUACGAGGGCCUCAACCUCGGGCCCAUGCUGCUGGGACAGACCAAGAACGUCGUCAUCAACUUGCCACGGCCUGACGAGGGCGGGAACGCGGGCGGGUUUGUGCCGGAGGAAUUCUCCGUUUCCUUCAACUGCCCGCUGCUGGGCCGCAACAACGGGCAGCACGUCACCGUCCACGCAGUGCUUGGCAAGGACCUUGGCUACGGCGCCCGCACCUUCCACACAAUGCGCACGCGCGCGGUGGUGCUGCUGCGUGAGCUCGCACGCGACUACACGCUGCGAGAGGCACUGCCGCCGUUCAUGGAGGAGAUGCGACAGCGCGAGGGCAACGAGCAGAUGCAGCGCAUGCUGGCGGACUUUGACGACCAGGUCAUCAAGGCCAUGCAGCAGGUGUACUUCCGGCGGUGGGGGCAGCACUACAUGCUGUCGCUUGCCAGCGCGCACGGGUGCCAGAUGCGCACCAACUUCAAGGACCGCGGCAUCCAGCCGUAUGCCGGUCCUUACUUCAUGGACCUGGAGUCCAAGGCCAACGACUGCUACAACCUGCUUCCCGCGCCCAAGACCACGCGGCCCAUCCGGCACGACACCAGCAGCACCGUCGCUUCGGACAGGGGGUCCGGCGCCAGGUCCUCCUCCGGCGCCACCACCAGCAGCGGGCAGGGCGGUGGCGAGCAGGUGCAGUCCCUCGACAGCAUGCAGCAGAUGAACAACCCGGGUAACCCCUGCGUACACAACGACACGCGCGUGCUCAUGGCGGACGGUGCGUCCACCAAGCGCGUCAUCGACCUUGAGCCCGGCGAUUUGGUCCACACAGCCGGUGGUGAGGCUGCAGAGGUGGAGGUCAUCCUGCAAACGCGAUGUGCGGACGGCAUGAUGGAUGCCGUGUGCAUGCCUGGCGGGCUACGUGUCACCCCGUACCACCCCGUGUGGGUGCCCGGCGACCGCGUGCAUGAGCUCUGCCCGCGCGUGAAGCGCCUGCCACUGCAGGAGCGCCAGCUGGAGGAGGGUGCAGAGGGCGUCUGGGUGCACCCCGCGGAAACCGGACACAAGGAGAGGCGCGUGCCGUGCGAGUACAUUGUCUCCAUUGCCCUGCGCAACGCGCACACGCUGAAGCUGCCCGCGCUGAUCACGGACGGAGUUGCCUCCAUCACGCUCGCGCACGGCAUUGAGGAGGGCAUUGUUGCUCACCCGUUCUUCGGCACCCGCGCCAUCAUCGACAGCCUGCCCGCAGACAUGCGCAUCCUGUCGCAGACACAGCAGCACGGCAACAACAACACCAACAACGCUGGCGAUGGCGAUGGAGAAGGGGGUGUGCUCAGUGAUUGCAGUGGCGAUGAUGAGGCGUCUGCGACGAGUGCUCACGCCGUUGAGACCGACACCAGCAGCGACUCCAACAGCAACAGCAACAGCAACAGAAACGACACGGCUCCUGGUGAUGGUGGCAGCGAUGCUGGUGACGCUGGUGACGUGGAUGAUGCGGAUGGUGUUGCUGGGAAGGAUGGCGAGGUGCUGUCUGCGCAUGCUGGCCGAUACAUCUGCGAGUCCGGGUGCAUCAUCAUCGAUCCAAGCACUGGCACUGGCGGCAAGUUUGACGCCUCCAAGUUUAUUUGCCUCUAGCGCAUGCAUGCACGUGUAUGUAUGUGUGUGUGUGUGUGCGUGUGCG